UCCGACUUUCUGUGGUGACUGACGUGUAUGUUGUUCAAGUCGUUCGUUCUUCGAAAUACUUCAACUCUAAGAUCUAUACUGUCGUCUUUACCGCUUUGAAGGCUGAUUGUCUCUUGCCUACCGAGUCACCCAGCCAUUGGUGCCCGCAACCAAUCCGCCGAGCCGAAGCAUUGACAACAUCUCCUACAUCAAUUAAAAAGAACCAACUUCAACGUUCGUGCACAGACACACAAUAAGCCGGGAAUACCUUGGGGGAAUAAGAGAAGGGCACAGAUCAGUGAAAGCACGGGUGCAGUGCACCUCUCCCAGAGCACAUGGCGCCCACGGUGUCUGCCCGCAUUGCCUCGAGCGCGCACCUCAAAUCAAUCCUCGCUAGGACACUGUCUUUUGCUCUGCCAUUGGCCUCACGAGAUUCUUCGACAUCGAGCACACCCGUCGCAUCAAUAUUCGCACUCAUCAUAAGAGGAACAGUCCGUAUAUCGGAGCGCGCUAUCACAUCUCGCUCAGCAACUACGUCUGCUCGUAACUCUGUCUCGGAAGCACUACAAAUACAUCCAACGAUAUACAUCGACUCAAUAUCACAAUCACAAUCCCUGGACAAACGAACGGAUGUCAUUCUGGCCAUCCCCACCACAUAUGCUGGCUUGAACUCUGGUCCCGCACCAGGCGCUCUCAUCGGUAUAGUGUUAGGCUCAAUAGCCGGAUUUAUACUCCUGCUAUAUAUCUUCCUCAGCGCAUUUAGGCUUGCUGGUUUCCAGCGUGGCGGGGGCGUGGUUCAGGAGGAAGUCAUUCGACAUAGACGGCGAAGUCGUAGUCGAAGUCGGGCCAUGACGGAGGCGAGUGGACCGCCGAGAAGUCCGCCUCGACCACGCAGGGAGAGGGUGGUGCGCGAAGAGACGGUCGUGGUGGAGGAGCGUGUUGAGCCGAGUGAGAGUGCGGAGGAUGAUAUUGUCGAGGUGAUUGAGGAGCAUUCGCCGGAACGGGCGCCGCCGAAGAGAGAGAAUACGAGGAGGAGUGGGUAUAGGACUGUUGAUCCGGCGGAAUUUGGGGGCGGGAGUAGGCCUAUAAGGAAGGUUUCGAGGAGAUGAUGUCUUUGUCGUGUGAUUUGUUCGGAAAUUUGUGUCUGCGACAUUUGAGCGAGGAGUUGGAAAAUGUGGUGGAUUGGGAUUGGCAUAUUGGCUUUGGUAUAUGGUGAGCUUAAUGUAUGCUACGCACUUAGGCGAGACAGAAUAUAAAGAUGGUCGAAGACUUUUCUUCAGCUUUGGUACGUCAAGGUCGUCGCACCGAUGAUUGAAGUCACGGACCCAGACUACCGGCAGUGCAGAAUGCAGAAUUCACGAAGUGCAGAAUUGCCGGAUCUACAAUUCUGCAUUCUGCACUCACGGUAGUCUUGGUCGUGACAUUGCCGUUUU